GCCAUCCGCAGAAACCUCUCUCUUCCGCACCACCAUCUUCUGUUAUUCCUGACUGUUUUCAACAAAAAAUGAGAGUACACAAUAUCCUCCUCCUCGUGAUCCUCGCGACGAGCGCGACCGCAGGCUGGUUCGGAGGCGACAAGGACGCAUCAGCGGUACCUGAAUUUUCUUCCUGGGAUGGAGAGAAGCUGGCGAGUCACUUGAAGGAACAGGGGAUUUCCGUUCCGCAUGGUUUCACCAGGGACGAGCUUGUCGCGCUCGCUAAAGCCAAUUACGACGCCGUGAACUCGUGGGAGAAGGCUCAUGUUGAGCAUGCCCAGAAAGUCUUUUCAGAUGCAAAGGAAUCACUUGUUGAUGGAUGGACCGAGUCCCAGCUACGCGAGUUCCUCCUCGAGCAAGGCAUCAUCGCGCCUGCAUCGAGGUCGGAACAGCUCCGCCUUCUCGCCAAGACCCGUUAUAAAGCUCUUUCAAGCGCCGUCUCCUCUUACUCCGCUGCCUUCUCCACCGCAAUCCACGGAGACGCGACCGCGCAGGCUUCGAAGUCUUUGAACUCUGCAGCAGCAGCGGCAUCUCGUUCUGCGACCGCAGCGGCAGCAGAGGCCUCCCGUAACAUUCAGAGGGCGAUGGACGAGUCAAAGGACUUCAUCUGGAGCGAAUGGUCCGACUCGGACUUGAGGAACUGGCUAGAAGAACACAGGUUUGUCAAAACUAAGGCUGAGCUGAAACGGGAAGAACUGCUAGAGAAGAUGAAGCAUGCUUACACCACGGUCUACAACCCUGCUUACGAGGCAUGGAGCACGUCUUACAUUCACGAGUGGCUAGUCGCCAACGGGGUCAUCAAAUCCGAUUAUCAGCAGGCUCGCGAUAAGCUGCUCCAUCUCAUGAAGGAGAAUUACUAUUCCACGCAGGAUAAGGUCUACCAGGCGUGGUCCGACUCGGAUCUCAAGGUGUGGUUGGUCGAGCAUGAAGUCAUCAAAUCCGAUGCCCAGAUCAAGCGCGAAAAAUUGAUCAAGUUGAUGGAUGACCACUAUAAUCACGCCAGGGACAUCAUCUGGUCAUCUUGGAAAGACUCGGAUAUGCACGACUGGCUCAUCGAUCGUGGGUAUUUGCGUUCCGAGGCCCAGGCUCGCCGGGACGAGCUCGAGGGGCUGAUGCACGAGAAGUAUGAUCAAGUGCAGCAAUAUGCCGCGGCCUACCUGACCUGGCCUGAUGCCCGUCUUCGUGCCUACCUUCGCAACAACGGUGUUGACGACACCAAGAUUCCCGGGAUGGAUCGCACCACUCUGCUGCAAGAAACGCGCAUCCGCUGGGUCCAAACCACCUCCGCGCUUGACGACAUUCUUGCGACCAUUCGCCGGUACCUCAUGACGGGGACUGAGUUUGCAGAGGACAAAGUCGAGGACUUGAAGGAGCUUCUCGGUCUGGGCAAGGCUUCACUUGAGCGCGAGUUCAAGAAGGAGAAGAAGGCUGCGUAUGAUGCUGCGAGUGACACCGCCAAAUCUGCCAGUUCGGCCGCUAGCAAGUUGAGCAGCGUUGCGAGUUCGGCGAGUGCGAAGUCAGAGUUGUAAACGUGGAAAGUCGUUUGUGUAUGCCAUGCUGCACAUUUCGACGGAGGCCCAAUAAAAAUCGAAGACUGAAGAGACUGUUAUAACGCAAGACUACGAUCAUGUACCGCUACCGUACCGCAUGUACGCCAAGUGCAUCAACCGCUCCCUGUGUUUGUCAUCUGUAUCAUACUUCUUACGAUCGAAUGAUAUGAAUCCUGAU